AUGUCUGAUACGCAGUCAUCAUCAAUCCCAUCUACAUCUAAAGGUAGUAAAAAUCGUCAAAUCAAUAAACAACAAAAAGAAAACUUAUAUCAAUCUCUCUUUCCACCAUAUGUUCAUCUUCAUCAACACUCAAUUUUUUUCAUUAACAACUUAAUUACAUUAGAUGAAAUUAAUCAUUUAAUAAAAUUUGCAUCAACAACAACACGUUUUAUAUUUGACACAGAGGCUGACAAGUAUACAAAUGCACCUGCAAUUAUACAGAUUUAUUUCAUGAAUGAUGUUAAUGUUGAAUCUCCCAUGUUAUUAAUUGAAAUAAAAUUUAUUGAAUCAUUAUCAUCAGCUCAUCGUCAACAACUUCAACAAUUAUUUAAUAAAAUAUUUCGUUAUGAUAGUCAUAUAUAUACUUGGGGUCCACUUCUUUUUGAAUUAUUUCCAUUUUUAGAAUAUGGAUUAUUUACUUAUCCUAUUCUAUCUUAUAUACAUAAUGCUCAAGUAAGAUUUACUUCCUGGUUUAACAAUUGGUUAAAUACAGCAACACUAAAUUCAAAUGAUACAGCUGAUGAUCCAACUGAUUCAAUUAUUUUACAUGCUCCAUCAAUUGAUCCAUCAUUAUUUAUUCCAGCCCAACUUAUGAACAAUAAAAAAUUAUUAUUAAAUGAAUUGUGGAGCCUUCAAGAUGCAAUAGCUUAUAUAUUUAAUCAAUAUUUAUCAAAACAAUAUACAUUAAGAAAAUGGUCUAUUGGUCUUGAUGUUCGUCUUCCAAAUCGUGAUCCACAAAUCUCUUCUUCUUAUCGUCGUACAUUAGUUAAAUAUGCCAUCUAUGAUUGUUUAUCAAUGGCUCAAUUAUUACUCUUUAUUUCCAAUUCAAACAUCUCGAGUAAUACUACAUGUAUUAAAUAUUUUAAUGAUCCACCAUUAGGGGAGUAUAAACUUAUUCCUGAUAUAUCAGAUCCACUUUCUCUUUUUCAGGUACAUUCAACAAAUGAUUUAUCUAUUAAAAUUAGUAAUGAUGAUAACGAAAUAAUUAAUCAAGAUGAAGUUAAUAAUGAUGUUGAGAUUAUUGAUGAUAUUGAAUGCAAUAAUAAUAAUAAUAAUAUUGAAAUUAUUAGUGACGAUGAUGAUGGUGAUUUAGUGAUGACUGGUCAUGAAAUAAAUGAUCGUCAUCAGACAUUACCUAACAUCAAAUCCAAAUUUAACAAACGAUCUACAGCAGCACGUAGACGACGUAAUAUUAAAUCAAGUCUUCGACAUCGAAAAAACCGGUACAACUUUGUAAUUGUUCGUUCAAUAUAUACCAACAUCACCAAUGUCAAGAAAUUAUUAAAAUCUUGGCACAUCAAGUACACCAACGUCAAUAAUAUUCGCUCAACACUUUAUAUUGGAAUGAGCAAUCAAGGUGAUAAACAAUUAUUUGAACAAUUAAUACCUGAUGGCGUGUUUAUCUAA